UCUCUCUGCUCGUUGCCUACAAAUGGAGCUACGUAAAGAAUUCUAUUAAUUACCUGUAUUAUCCCGGCAAGGCUACAGGACGGCACUAAUUACUUUUUUGUGCUUUAACAUCAGAUAGAAUUUGGGUCCCUGAGGUUUUGUUACAUAAUUCAUUUAGUGCAGACUGAUCAAAACUGCAGUUGGGAAAUGAUCCGGCGCCUGAAUUUGUCCAUCCAAAGGAGGUUUAAGUUGAUGGUUUUGUCUCUUCUGUUCCUCACCUUUGUGAUGCACUUUGCACUAGACAUAUCCACCCUCUCCUCUAACAUUUCCUGCCUGUGCCCCUCCCACGAGCACCCCAGACACAAACUUCAUGGGGUUAAGAAGUCCCCGAUUAUUAGAGCGCUUCAGGAUUUCAGUGGGAGCAACGGGUCAAAACAAGUAUCUUCAGUGGAUGCCAGUCACAUGUCAAAGAACUCUCCAAAUAGCCCGGAGGUCGAGAAGAGGUUAAAGCGAUAUCAGGGUUCAAAGCUGACUUCUCUGUUCCAACACCCCCUCUAUAACACACCUCUACCAACCCUCAAGCAGGAAGACAAACUGUUUAAGGUGAACGCCAAGGAACGUUUCACUCUGAAGAGCAGCGGAAGUGAGGAAUGGGUUAGUGCCGAAGUGGAGUUUGUCCUCCCCACAGGAGACGCACCUGCCGACACUUACCCCACCUGGCUGAAGUUCCACAUUGGCAUCAACCGCUAUGAGUUGUACCCUCGGAGGGACCCCCUGCUGCCUACUCUGCUUAAGGAGCUGUCUAUACAACGUAUCCUCAAUUCUGUUCAGAAGCCUGGUGGGACCCAGCUGAAACUGCUCAUGACGUUCCCCAACUACGGACAAGGUCUCUUCAAACCCAUGAAACAGAGCCGUGAUCAGGAGACUCCUGCAGACUUUUUCUACUUCUCUGACUUUGAGAGGCACAACGCAGAAAUAGCAGCUUUUCACCUGGACAGGAUCCUAGACUAUCGACGAAUCCCGCCUGUGGUUGGCCGUGUGCUGAAUAUAACGAAGGAGGUGCGAGAUAUUACAACAGACAAGAAACUUGCCAAAACCUUCUACAUCUCACCAGCUAACAACGUGUGCUUCUACGGUGUGUGCUCAUAUUACUGCUCCACCGAGCACGCCCUGUGCGGGAAGCCUGAUCAGCUGGAAGGGUCUAUUGCCGCUUUCCUGCCGGACACGGCUCUGGCCAAGAGGAGGUCAUGGCGCAGCCCCUGGCGACGAUCAUAUCACAAGAGCAAGAAGGCUGACUGGGAGCUAAAUCCUAAGUAUUGUGACAGUGUUAAAGAGACCCCACCGUACAGCGAGGGGACUCGUCUUGUAGACUUGAUAGACCUCUGUAUUCUGGAUUUCUUCAUGGGUAAUCAGGAUCGUCAUCACUAUGAGACAUUUGAGAAGUUCGGGAAUCAAACGUUCCUUCUGCACCUGGACAAUGGCCGCGGGUUUGGACGUCACUCGUACGAUGACCUUUCUAUCCUGGCGCCCCUCCAGCAGUGCUGCAGGAUAAAGAAGUCUACCUUACAACGCCUGCAGCUGCUCUCCACUGAUCCCUACCGUCUGAGUGAUGUAAUGCGAGAGUCUCUGUCCUCCGACGCACUCUCCCCCAUCUUAUCCGAGCCUCACCUGACCGCACUGGACCGCAGGCUUGCCACCACACUAGAUGUAGUCAGGCAGUGCCUUAAGAAAGACGGGUACCAGCAGGUGGUAUAUAAUGACCUGACCAAUGUCCAGAAUACAUAGUACAGGAAAUCCAGCCAAUGCCAUCAUUGUGCCAUUUACCCCAUCUAUUGGCCUCAGCCAAGGAAAUCUGGGCCCAUAAAUAAACACUUUAUCACCAAAGGUUACCGCUGCCAUUUCAGUUGCUAUUUGGUUUGUUAGAUGUUUAUUUUUAUUAAACCAAAAGAAAUUGACUAUGAAA